CAGACAUUGUAAAGUAAACACCGCGUCCAAUAUAACAGAACGUGUGCGUUGUCUGGAGAAGACGCGAAAAUAAAGAUUGAAACUUUGCGUUGAUAAAAAAUGCACAGCCUGACGACAGUUGGAGUUGCUUGGUCAAUGCUCUCAUUUGCAGUUGCAAUACUAUGCUCUACAGGUUUCUAUAUGCCUUACUGGCUUAAUGGCGAGAUUGGCAAUGUCACCGUUCAUUACGGUGUCUUCCGUCGAUGUUACCCCGCCGAAAAUCGGUUGAAACAUAAACUUUACAUAAACUUUACACGGGCUGAAUGUGGACGGUAUAAACGUUUCAACGAUAUUCCAUCAACCGAAUGGCAAGUUACUACGCUCAUAUUGGGUGCAGCAUGUGGUGUACUAGUACUCGUCAGUUUCAUAUCUCUACUUGCGAUGUGUUUUGAAGAUAUUAUCACGAAACGCACAGCCAGAGUCUGUGGGGCAUUUCAAGCCUUAGCUGCUCUAUUCCUUGUUGGGGCAUGUGUGAUGUUUCCACUUGGCUGGAAUAGCAAAGAAGUGCGUAAAGCGUGCGGCGAAACUUCGAAACGUUUCCAGAUAGGUGACUGCACGAUCGGUUGGUCUGCGAUGGUAAUUGCUGGUGGCACACUUGCCGCUUUCCUGUGCUCGUGUCUUUCUAUUAAAGCUGGGAAAUCUGAUAGAAUGAAGGCCUCUGCAUAUGAAGCGAAGUACGAUACGAUGCAAUUGAAAGAAAAAGGAUGGCAUGUUUAGAUGCUUUAUAAAUCAUUUAUGAAACUUCAUUUAGUAAGAUUGAAGUGGCAGAGAUUUCACGUGUACAGUUAGGUCGGAUAGAACCUUGUCUGAAGUGGUCAUGAUCCACAGUUCGAAAGUGAAGGUGCUUCGUAUUGUGGUCAUCAGCUAAUUUUGUGAGUGGGUCGAACUCCGUUUUAUAAAUAAAAUAUGUUAAGAUGGCAACAACUUUUACUGUAGUUUGUCGUACUUAAAAGACAAUACAUUAAAAAUAUAUUAAAAAUAAAAAAGUUUAUUGAAA